GCAUCAAGAAGCAACGACUAAGAUAUUCAUACGUUCAGAAAGGAACAGAAAAAAAAUCAAAAUACGAAAAACUAUAUGAAAAAUUAUUUAAAAAUCAUUAAAUUGGUCUAGAAAUCAUGGAUAACUUUGUGCCAAAAGUGUUUCUAUCGCAAUCAAUAAGAAAAGUAUCAUGAAGUAUCGGAGAAAGUUGUGAAAAAUGAACAAAAAUAAGUUAAAAUUUGUUUGCAGAAUUUUCUCUCUUUAAAAUUAUUAGAAAUCACUGAAAAUCAUGUGUAAAAGUCUUCUUGUAUGAUUAUUUAAAAGUGUUAAAGCUUAAAUUAAGUGUAUUUGAUAGUGAAGAGACUAAAAAAUCAAGAGAAACACGACAGAUUUAAGAAAAAAAAAAGUUUCUUGAUUAAUUUUCUUCCUCCUCCUCAUUUAUCCAUCCAUCUAAAAAGUGAAAAGUGUAGAGGAAAAAGAGAGGAAGUAUAUACAUACAUAUAGGAAAAUCUCCAUAGAUUUUUCGCAAAGAAAGCAAUCAAUUUUAUCAAAUUUGUCGUUGAAAACUAGUGAAAUUUUCGUGUUAUAUUAUUUUUGGCAAAAGUCACACAACAGUCACAUCCAUAAAAAAUUAAUAAAAUGUGGAACAUGAUGUGUGACGUUCUACCAACAAUCAGUGAAGAUUCCAUUUCACAGCGAUCGUCACAGUUCAGUGGUGAAGAUGCUAAUUUCGAACAACUUAUGGUAUCGAUGCUGGACGAACGUGACAAGCUCAUGGAUAGUCUGCGAGAAGCACAAGAACGCCUCAAUGAAAUGGAAUCGAAGCUUGGUGACUGUGAGAAGGAGAGAGAUAGUUUGCAUCGACAAAUUAAUGCCAAUUUACCACAGGAAUUCGCAACCUUGACAAAAGAGCUCACAGGGGCACGAGAAACAUUACUGGAAAGAGAUGAGGAAAUAAGUGAGCUGAAAGCUGAGAGAAAUAAUACAAGAUUGCUUUUGGAGCAUUUAGAAUGUCUUGUAUCGCGACAUGAGAGAUCUUUGCGUAUGACUGUUGUUAAACGACAAGCGGCGGCACAAAGUGGCGUGUCUAGUGAAGUUGAGGUUUUAAAAGCUCUCAAAAGUUUAUUUGAACAUCACAAAGCUCUUGACGAAAAAGUUCGUGAAAGAUUAAGAGUUUCAUUGGAAAAGAAUACAUCGCUUGAGGAGGAAUUGCAGCAGACAAAAGACGAAUUGCAACAAGUAAAGUCAGGAAAUUAUACUCAGAAUCAAGAUUUAACCAAAGAGAAUGGAGAACUCGACAAAGAUUCUCAGUCGAAAAUUAAUAAUGGUGAAAUUAAUAUACAACAUGAAAUGGCAGAAUUUGCAGCAAAAACUCAUGAGCUUCAAACAAUCAUUGAAAAACAGACAGCCGAGCUAUCGCAAUGGCAGAGAAGAGUUUCUGAUUUAAAUAAUAAAAUUAGUGAGCAAGAAGAGACUUUGUCAAAGAUACAAAAAGAUUAUUCAAAAUCUCAAGAUAUGUGCUUAAAAUUACAAAGAGAUUUGAGGGAAAAUGUUGCACAAAAGGAGGAUCAAGAAGAACGAAUUACAACACUCGAAAAGCGAUACUUAAAUGCACAAAGGGAGGCCUCGUCGUUGCAUGAUUUGAACGAAAAACUCGAUCAAGAGCUGCGGCAUAAAGAAGCUCAAAUAAAGCUACACGAGGAAAAGAUUGCGGCAAUUCAAGAGAAACUCGAAUUGUCAGAUCAAAAAUUAGCUCAAUUUUCAAAACUACCCGAAAUGGAAGAAGAGCUUAAGGCCAGGAUGGAGGCCUUAACGCAGGCUCAAGAACGUCACGGUUCUGCAGAAGAUCGCAUUCAAAGAUUGGAAGCUAAUUUGGAAGAGAAGAAUGCGGAAGUUCUUCGUCUCAACCAAAGAUUAAAGAUGAAUGAGGAACAUAAUCAAAGAUUAUCAUCGACAGUUGAUAAAUUAUUAUCGGAAUCAAAUGAUCGACUUCAAGUUCAUUUGAAAGAAAGAAUGCAUGCGUUAGAUGAAAAAAAUCAAUUAACGCAAGAGUUAGAAAAAGCACGUAAACUUGCUGAAGAGUUGCAUCAUGAAAAGGGAGAUAUUAUUAAAGAGCUUUCAAAAUGUCGAUUAGAGAUCGAAAACUAUAAGCGACAAUUGCUUCAGCAAGAAAUUGCCUUUAAUAUUCAACAAACAGAAGCUCUUACGAGAAGUUUAUCUCCAAAUAAUGUUACUGAUCCCCAACAACUUGCUGCUCAAUUCUCUCGAAGUGCGUCUCAUUCAAGCUUCGAUGCUCAUUCUUUAAGAAGAAAGCAACAAAGAUUGGAAGAGGAGCAAUAUCAUCGAUCAUUAGCCGAACAAGAAUGGGAAAAUAUUCAACAAAUGCAACAGGCGCAUGCUAUGGCAAAUCAUGCAUUUGUUGAUGGAAUUGUUGCUGAUGGCGAUGAUGCUGAAAGCUUAUUUAGUACUGCCGAAUUAUUAUCGCCAACUGGUACAGGCCAUACCGAUGCUCAAACUCUUGCCAUGAUGCUACAAGAGCAACUUGAUGCCAUAAAUAAUGAAAUAAGAUUAAUUCAAGAAGAGAAGCAAUCAACAGAGGCUCGUGCCGAGGAAUUAGAGUCUCGUGUUGGUAGUCUAGAGCACAUGAAUCUAUUAACACGCGGUCGUCCUGAUCGACAAAGUCCUCCACCAUUAAGUGGUAGAAGCACGCCCAAUAGCCCUAACCGUGAUUAUCUUCAUAAAUAUCAUACUCUUCAGCUUGCACAAAUGUCAGCAGAAAUUUCUCGUGAUGAGCUUCAUGGACUGUCAGUAUCAGGAGGUGAUUCAAGUUCUGGCGGGGGAACAUCACCCUUAACGGCACGUUCCAUUCGACUCGAAAGAUUUGCUCAAGCUUUAGCCAAUAGUCAGGAAGAGCUACGAAGGAGUGCAACUGGCUAUGCUUCAUCACCAUUAAACUCACGACAUGGUAGUCAGGAAUCGCUAAGACAUUUGAGUAGUAUGUCGUCUAUGAAUAUGCUACAAACGCCAACAUCAUCGAGAGAUGCUGCUGGAGCUCAAAAGAAGAAAGGCAUCAAGUCUAGUUUGGGAAGAUUUUUCAGUAAAAAAGAAAAGGUCAAGGGCGGUAAAGAUACAAUGCCAGAUAGUUCAAACAGUAUUAUGAGUGGAUUGUCUAUGAAUAUGAGUGAUAUAGACUCAAACUAUGAUACGAUGAGUAUCAGUAGUAAGAUAAAUAUCUCAGGGGCAUCAAAAAUGGAUUAUGGAAGACAAAAGAAGAAGGAGCAUGAUUACCGACAUGAUCUACUGGGAGAGGCAAUAAAAGCUGGUACACCAUUUGCUCUAUGGAAUGGCGUAACAAUUGUUGCUUGGUUAGAGUUGUGGGUGGGAAUGCCAGCAUGGUAUGUUGCAGCAUGUCGAGCAAACGUUAAAUCUGGUGCUAUUAUGAGUGCUUUGAGCGAUACAGAGAUCCAAAGAGAGAUAGGAAUAAGUAACCCACUUCAUCGACUUAAAUUACGCUUGGCUAUUCAGGAAAUGGUUUCAUUAACAUCCCCAUCAGCUCCUCAAACGACGCGCACAACUUUAGCAUUUGGUGAUAUGAAUCAUGAGUGGAUUGGAAACUAUUGGCUUCCAAGUUUAGGAUUACCUCAAUAUAGAACGACAUUUAUGGAAUGUCUUGUUGAUGCUCGAAUGUUGGAUCACUUAACAAAGAAAGAUUUACGUGGUCAGCUCAAAAUGGUUGAUAGUUUUCACCGCACUAGUCUUCAAUACGGUAUAAGUUGUCUAAAACGCUUAAAUUAUGACCGAACAUCGUUAGAGGAAAGACGGAAAGGCUCCGAUAAUGCUCUUGCAGAUGUUAUAGUUUGGAGUAAUGAUCGUGUUAUUCGAUGGGUUAAUAAUAUUGGUUUAAAGGAGUAUGGUAAUAAUUUGCUUGAAUCCGGCGUACAUGGUGCAUUAAUAGCUUUAGACGAGAGUUUUGAUGCUAAUUCAAUGGGAUUAGCUUUACAAAUUCCAACACAAAAUACACAGGCCCGUCAGACGCUAGAAAUCGAAUUCAAUAAUCUUCUGCAAAUCGCAACUGAACGACGACCUGAAAAUGAGCAUUUAAGUAAAUCCUGAUCGUCACUAAAUUCUAGUCUUAGUGAUGAGUAAGUAAUUGUUUUUAUUAUUAUAUUAUGAUAAUAUUUAGUUGUGAGCUUUAAUUUGCAAUAGUACCGAAAGCAAAAGAACAUAAAACAAAAACAAAAAAGUAACAAUGUGAGACAAAAGAGAUUCUUGCUUGAUUUUAUUUUUAUGAUCAACAAAAGACGAUUUGUGAAAAAAAGAAAUUCCAUUAUUCAAGGAAUAAGACAAACCUAAACAUAAAGUUUUUUUAUAUUGAGGCAAAAAAAAGAAGGAUAAGGACAAAAAAAUAUUUGAAAAACCCCCGAAUAAUGUAAAAAAAAUAACUUUUAUAUGAACUACAAGACUAUACAUACAUACAUAAAUACAUACUAAUAUUAUCGAUGAUCAUUGAUAAAUGCCAGAUUCCUUGUUAAGCUGUUUUUCAUUUUUUU